UUCUCGCUGCCAACACUGACGGAACACCAGAAAACUAUCCUACAACACCCAGUCACACAAGAAGAAAUACAACAAGCUAUACACUCACUCCCCCAUGGCAAAUCACCGGGACCCGACGGACUCACAAACUCCUACUACAAGACAAUGACCACAAUCCUAACCCCAUAUCUGGACAAAACCUUUAA